GUGAACGCAGCAUGACGCCGUCCGCGGUGGCUCGUUACAUUAUCAGCCGGAGUGGCAGCGGACAGCAGAGAGGGGAUCCCCGGGAUUUUUUUUUUUUUUACGCCGAAGCCACCGCGUUACUAACAUCAAACAUCUGAACAUCGCGUGGGGGGAAACUCGGCCAAGCAUCCUCCUAGACUUCGGUGAGAGCAGCCAUGUCAGAGGAGGCGGUGCGUCAAACGCGCAGCCAGAAGCGGGCUCUGGAGAAGGACCACGUGGCUCCCCUGGAGCCCCCGGAGGACGCGGACAGCAAACGGGUCAAGCUGGAGAAGGGCGACGCGGCGGGAGCGCCCCUCCCGGCCGCGGCGGGAUCCGGGGAUGAGGGCGACAAGCCGAGCAGCGAGCACGCCGCCCGGGUCCCGGCCAGCAUCCUGAAAGCUGGGGAGGUGAAGGCCACCAUCAAAGUGGAGGUGCUGACCGGAGACGAGCCCGUCGACAUGAGCACGUCCAAGAGCGACGUGAAGAGUGAGCGGCAGCCGGCGUCGCCGGAUGAUGUCAUCGUGCUGUCGGACAACGAGUCGUCCAGCCCUCUCAUGAACGGCCACUGCUUCUCCAAGACCGACACGGAUAAACUCAUGAAGAGUUCUCCUGAGGAGAGGGAGUGCAUCAUCAAACAGCUGAAGGAGGAACUGAGACUCCAGGAGGCCAAGCUGGUGCUGCUCAAGAAACUGCGACAGAGCCAGAUCCAGAAGGAGAGCAAUGUGCAGAAGUUGGGUGGCGCUGCGGCCACUCCUCCUCCUCUGGUGAGAGGUAGCAUCACAUCCAGCAAAGGACCCCUCCAGGUGACCGGUCGAAGCUCGGGCACGGUGAUCCCUCCUCCUUUGGUGCGGGGAGGGCAACACAUGCCGUCCAAACAAAACUCUCAGAUAGUCAUGCCACCCCUGGUCAGAGGGGCCCAGCCCAUCGCAGUGACUCCCCAGCAGAUAGCCAGUCUACGCCAGCAGCAGCAUCAGCACAGCGGCUCGGGGCCCCCGCCGCUCCUGCUGGCUCCCAGGGCCUCUGUGCCCAAUGUCCAGGUUCAGGGCCAGAGGAUCAUUCAGCAGGGACUCAUCCGGGUGGCUAACGUGGCCAACAAUAAUGUCAUGGUCAACAUCCCGCAGGCCUCUCCGACCAGCCUCAAAGGCUCUUCAGUGUCGCCCAACUCCAACCUCAACGACUCCCCGGCCAGCCGGCAGGCGGCCGCCAAGCUCGCCCUGCGCAAGCAGCUGGAGAAGACGCUGCUGGAGAUCCCCCCGCCCAAGCCCCCGGCCCCCGAGUUCAACUUCCUGCCCUCGGCGGCCAAUAACGAGUUCAUCUACUUGUUGGGGCUGGAGGAGGUGGUGCAAAAGCUUCGGGAGAUGCACGGCAGGGGUAAUCUGGGCUCGGCCGCCGCCAUUGCCAGCUGCAUUCCCAAAGAGCCAUACACGUGCGCCCAGUGCAAGACGGACUUUACGUCCCGCUGGAGAAAGGAGAAGGCCGGGACCGUCCUCUGUGACCAGUGCAUGUCGUCCAAUCAGAAGAAGGCCCUGAAGGCCGAGCACACCAACCGGCUGAAGGCGGCCUUCGUGAAGGCCCUGCAGCAGGAGCAGGAGAUCGAGCAGCGCAUCCUGCAGCAGGCGGCGUCCUCUUCGUCCUCCUCCACUAAAUCCACCUCCUCCCCCUCGCUGUCCAAGAGCGAGGUGCUGGUGUCCCAGCAGUACAAGCACGUCCGGGCCGCCAUGCAGCACCGGUCCGUGCCGGCGCACCACGGCCACAAGCAGUCUCACAUGUCACACAACCUCCAGUCGAUGGGCGCCCGCGGCGUGGCCCACUCCUUCACCUCCUCCUCCCAGCUGCAGAGCGCGAUGGCGGCGGCGGCGGCCCAGCUGGGCGGCAGGGCGGGCAAGCACGCUGCGGCGCGCCCGCUGCAGCAGGGGGCGAAGGUCAGCGCCGGCGGCAGUAACCAGGGCAACGUGGCCGUCUGGAAGAAGCAGAGCGGCGGCAACACGGGUGUGACCAUGGCCUACGUGAACCCCAGCUUGUCUGCCCACAAGACCAGCUCCGCCGUGGAGCGCCAGCGGGAGUACCUGCUGGACAUGAUUCCCUCCCGCUCCAUCUCCCAGGCUGCAAACACAUGGAAAUAAUGCAAUAUAUAAUACUAUUACCCCCCCCCCCCCCCCCCC